GUCUCAUCGAAACGCAGGCUGUUCAAGGACGCACGGUCGACGGGGGCGUCCGCAUCGGCGCGCCUGCCUGUUCUACGAAGGGGACUGCACUGCAAGGAUCUCGUCCAAAUACUCACCGCCAGACUCGCAGCAAAGCGAAUUCUUCCUGGACAACGGUCAAUGUUUGUGACUGUGCUGGCCAAGGUGCUGUGGAUGGACGCGCUACGAGUCGUCCUCGUCACGGCUGCGUACUACGGCUGCAUAUACUCCAGGAUACCAGCACUCGAGUUGCUGAUAAACAGCCAUGACGAAGUCGGUACGACGUCGGCAGUACUCAUGUUUGCGGCAGCAACUUCGUGCGAAUUGCUGAUCUCCUGCUACCAAAUUGACGUACUUCAGACGUAUGGCUGCAGGGCCCGUUCCAUGCUUCAAGGACUGAUCUUCAAGAAGGUGACCACCAUGUCGGCCGGCACAAAGUCACGUUACCCGACUGGUUACAUCAGUUCGCUGCUGGCCGUCGACUGCGCCCUGCUUGGCGGGUUCGUCUUAAGCCUGCCGGUGCCCGUAUUCGGCGUCUUGUUGUUUCCUUUCCUCUUCUGGAUGCUUGCGACGCGUGCCGGUCUCUGGCCUUCGGUGUGUGCCGCAUCCUGGACGCUCGUGGUUCUAAGCGUGCCUUUUGUUGUCCAAUCCGUGCAGAAGCGCUUGUGGCAAAAGGUAAUCAAAGCCCGUGACGAGCGGCUGAAGGUCACGACCGACAUGCUGUCCACCAUCCGCGUAGUGAAGAUGUAUGCGUGGGAGGACGCCCUGCAGGAGAAUGUGCUCCGUUUGAGAGAGGUGGAGCUCAAGUGGCUCUUCAGGGUCAACCUACUGGACGCCAUUCUCGACUGUAUCUACAGCUCCACCAGCUCAGUGCUCAUGAUCAUCCUCUUCUCGACGCUGUACGCUCUUGAACCCGGCACCGUGCUCACCCCAGCGCUGUCCUUCUCGUGCGUGUCGCUGCUGUACAUGACGGACCUCUGCAUGAACAGCUGCGGACAGUCGCUGAGGACUUUCAACCAGGGACUAUUUGCACUUCAAAGAAUUAGCGAUUUCUGCACAGCAGAGGAUCAAGAGGAACACACAAAUGAUUCCAUCAUUCACUUUGCAUCAAAGACAGGUGCCGUGAGGAUGGAGAAGUGCACUUGUGCAUGGAAUGAGCUCGACGAUGUGAAAACAGAAGCUGAUCUUAAUGACAUCAACCUAAGCGUUGAGCCCGGCUCAUUGGUCGGCAUCGUGGGUUUCGUUGGCAGCGGCAAAUCGUCGCUCCUAGCAGCGAUACUGGGAGACAUGCACCGCAUCAGCGGCAAAGUUACGUACACGGGAACCGUAGCCUUCGCACCCCAGUUGCCGUACGUACACAACAUGACAGUUAGAGACAACAUCCUCUACGGGAAGGCGAUGGACGGUGUUUUCUACGAGGAAGUGAUUCGAAGCUGCCAACUAACGAACGACAUGAACAAGUUGCAAGCGGGAGACAUGACCGAAGUCGGCGAGAAGGGCACGAACCUCAGUGGAGGACAGAAACAGCGGAUUUCUUUGGCCCGCGCCGUUUACAGCAACAGUGACAUCUACUUGCUCGACGAUCCUCUCAGCGCUCUCGAUCCUGUUGUGGCCAGUCGGGUGUUCAGAGACGUCAUCGGAAACCAUGGCAUGCUCAGAAAUAAGACGCGGAUCAUGGUCUGCAAUCAAGGGCAUUACCUUCGGCACAUGGACAAGCUUGUCUUGGUUGACGGGAGGCGUAUCAAAGUCUACGACAAGCUUGAAGAUCUUGUGACAGACCCGGACUCGCCGAAGAACUUUGGAGAAGCUCUUGAACGACGCACGUCUCAAAAUUUUAUUCAAACCGGCACAGGCUGCGAGGAUAUGGAAGAAAAUGAUACCGUGGGACGAAUAACCCAAGAAGAGGGGGGCAAAUCGACCAAAACAGAUUGGCAGCUCCUGUGCAUCCUCUUGCGCUUAGCCCAGUGGCCUGGACCCAUCGCGGUGCUCGUGUUCGCAGCAGGAGCGGGCGCUUUCGCUUUCGAGCAGAUCUGGAUCAAGGAGUGGACGGACACGGCGGCACACGCGGACCCCGCGUCAGGAGUGGCAGAUCAGCCCUGGGUUCAAGUCCUCGUGUCUAUGUGCAUCGCAGACGUGGCCUUACGCAUGGUGGGGAGCUUUCUGCUGAGCAUGUCAGCGCAGAGGAUGUCUCGCUCGCUCCACUAUGAAAUGCUGGACCACGUGCUGCACAGUCCGGUGUCCUUCUUCGACGCCUCGCCGCAGGGGAGGAUUGUGAACCGCUUCUCGGCUGACAUCGACAGUAUCGACUCACGAACGUUUCUAAGCGCCAAGCAAAGCGUUCAGAACAUUCUCAUUACAGUCGCCAAGAUAGCGGUCAUCGGAACCCAGUCGCCCGUGGUGCUGGGCGUCACAGCAGUGGUCACCGUACUGGCCGGAUACGGAAUGAAUCUGGCCGUCAAAGCUUCGCACAGUUGCCGUUACUACGAGAGCGUAGCGACGUCGCGCUUGUUGCAGCACGUCUCCGAGACCAUCGAUGCACUGAGCAGCGUCAGAGCGUACGGCGCGACCGACCAAUUCCGGCGACACUUCUGCCGCCUGACGGACAACACGAUGCGGGGAUUGGCGAGCUUCAGCGCCACCUAUCGAUUCACGCGCAUGCUCACUUCGGUCGCUGGAUUUGUGGUCGUCGUGUGUACGCUCCUGGCCAACACCGUGUUCGCCGGACCCGACAAACCGGACCCCAGCAGCCUCGGUCUGGCGUUGAGCUCGGCUACCUCGGUUCCACUUUCGUUGAUGUCACUGUGCGUGAUGCUGUUCAACGUACUGCAGAUGAUCGUGUCCUUCGAGCGUUGCGUCGAGUACAGUGAACUUCCGCCAGAGGAGGAUGUUUCAUCCACGCUGACUGAAGAAGCGAAAGCUGCAGUUGAUGAUAAACUCUCGAGUUGGCCAACCGAAGGCAGGGUAGAGUUCCAGAACUAUUCUGCCUCCUACCGUCCCGGCAUACUACCCAACGUCCUCACCAAUGUCACCUUUGCGGUCAAUCCCAGCGAAAAGAUCGGUGUUGUCGGACGCACAGGGGCGGGCAAGUCAUCGCUAGUGCUCGCUCUACUGCGCAUGCUCAGAGCAUCAGAGGGCCGCAUCAUGAUCGACAACGUGGACAUAGCUGGAGUGCCGCUCCGGAAACUACGUCGAAUCAUCACCGUCAUACCUCAGGACCCGAGCCUCGUGAGGGGAACGUUGCGCAUGAACCUGGAUCCCACGGACUCGCACUCGGACAAUGAAAUUUGGGAGUGCGUGGAGAGAGCCCACUUGGCGAAGGUCGUCUCGAACGAUCCCAGAGGGCUGCUUCUCGAGACGGCCGACGGCGGCAGCAACCUGAGCGUGGGCCAGCGGCAGCUGGUGUGCCUCGCGAGGGCUCUGCUUCGCGGAACGAAGAUCCUCCUCCUCGACGAGGCCACCUCGCAGAUGGACGGGGACACCGACCAGCUCAUCCAGGUGGCGCUGAGGGACGCCUUUGCGCGGUGCACGCUUUUCACCAUCGCACAUCGCCUGCACACGGUCCUCGACUAUGACAGGAUACUCGUUCUCGAAGACGGCAAAGUCAAAGAGUUCGACUCGGUAUCUAGGCUACUUGCUGAUGAAUCGUCAAUGUUCUUCAAUAUGGCCUCAGAGGCCGGCAUCAAUAGUGUUCGAAAGGAUGAACUCAUCAGCACUACUUUGUGAUAAUCUUGUUUUUCAGCCGUUUUUUUAUCGCGAACCAUCAUUCCUAUACAACUACACCCUACUGUCUAAUUUAUUUUUAAUUUUUUAUACUUAAGAGACCUUCAAUGAUCAGGUACUAGGCUAAAAGGGCGUGGCUAAAACAAAAUCGCGGGCACCCUAGAUUUUAGUCCCAUCACAAUAAGCAAUAAUAACAGACACACCAGAAAUAUCAUUGCUCCUUUUUAUGGCUAAGGAAAAAAAAAGAAAAACAAACGAAGCAGGGGUGAUAGGAUGUAGUUGUGAGUUAUGGUAUCAACAGCCUAGUUUGAAUAGAUGCUCCACUGCCAUAUUAUGCAAUCUGAAGUGAAAGGAAACUGGCUGGUAUAACUGGGCUUCACUUAUCAUUUCUGUUUCGCAUCUCUAAAGUAUAUUACAUCUUUGCGUGCAUUGCUUCAACGUGUUUUUCUGUGCCAUUUCCAUAAACAGAGCUGUUGGUAUCGUGUUCGUGGUGUUGUGAAUUAUUUUGUCCUCUCUUUCGCUUUCUGUGCCCUUACCUCUACCUCCCGUACAGUGUAGUCAACCACAACUAUACACCUGAUGGUCCUCCCUCCCUUCCAUUCAGUGCAUCCUCUCUCCCUCGUAUCAUCGUUCGCGCUCUCACUCGCACUUUUUCGUAACUUGCUCAAUGUUGGACUUACUCGUGCACGUUCACGUACCGGAGAAAAGAGCGUGGAAAUAAAAAUUAGCCCAUUGGAGACGUUGCUGAGGGUAAAUAA